CCAGGCGAACGAGGGGCUUUUGGGGUACCGACCGCACACAUACAGCACGGAGCUCGGUAUAGUCUCCCAUCCUCCCCUCAUCUCCACAUUCUCUUAUAUUGGCCUCUGGGCAGUGCAAGCUUAGAGGAUCUUCUCGACUUCUUCUGCUGACUCCAUUGUUCUUACCUUCCCUCCUGUCGUCCGAGAAUUCACCCAAUGGACCCCUCCAAACCCGCAGUGUCAUCCACCUUGGGGGAAGCCAAGUACAUCGAGUUCCCCUGCGUGCCAGAGGGUACGAAGCAUGAAGAUGGUACCCCAGUUCUGAAUCGAUACUCGGCCACCAUCACCAGAGGCCAUGAUUUCCCUGGUGCGAAGGCAAUGCUCUACGCAGCGGGCAUCCCCGACCAUAAUGCCAUGACGAAAAGUCCCCAGGUUGGUGUUGCAUCCGUGUGGUGGGAAGGCAACCCAUGCAAUAUGCACUUGUUAGACCUGGCCAAGACUGUGAAGAAGGCGAUCACGGAUCAAGGCAUGAUUGGAUGGCAGUACAACACCAUUGGAGUAUCGGAUGCGAUUGGCAUGGGUAGUGAAGGCAUGCGUUUCUCCCUCCAGACUCGUGAAAUCAUCGCAGAUAGUGUUGAAUCUGUGACGUGCGCUCAAUAUCACGAUGCCUGCAUCGCGAUCCCUGGAUGCGACAAAAAUAUGCCUGGUGUGGUGAUGGGUAUGGCGAGACACAACCGGCCCUCGAUCAUGAUCUACGGCGGUACCAUUCAGGUCGGAUAUUCCAAUCUUCUACGAAAGCGUGUCAGCGUCUCAACGUGCUUUGAAGCUGCGGGUGCUUAUACCUAUGAUACCCUUCGUCAACCUAAUGACGGAGGUGAUACCAGCAAGAACAAGGAUGAAAUUAUGGAUGAUCUGGAGAGACAUGCCUGUCCCAGCGCGGGUGCUUGUGGUGGCAUGUUCACUGCCAACACCAUGGCGACGGCAAUUGAAUCCAUGGGACUUUCUCUGCCCGGAUCGUCUUCUACUCCCGCGUCUUCCCCAACAAAGAUGCGUGAGUGCGUCAAAGCAGCCGAAGCAAUCAAGAUCUGCAUGGAGAAGAAUAUCCGCCCUCGAGACUUGUUGACCAAGCGGUCUUUCGAAAAUGCCCUUGUCAUUACUAUGGCCCUGGGCGGAAGCACCAAUGGCGUGCUUCACUUCCUCGCCAUGGCCCGAACUGCCGGCGUGGAUCUUACUUUGGACGAUGUCCAGCGGGUCAGCAACAAGAUUCCUUUCAUUGCUGACCUGUCGCCCAGCGGAAAGUACUACAUGGCCGACCUCUACGAGAUUGGAGGCAUCCCGUCUGUGCAGAAACUUUUGAUCGCAGCUGGCCUGAUGGAUGGUGAUAUCCUGACAGUGACUGGCAAAACUCUGGCUGAGAACGUAGCGUCGCACCCAUCGCUGCCUGCCGACCAGGUCAUCAUCCGCCCCCUGAACAACCCCAUCAAGGCGAGUGGUCACCUUCAGAUCCUCCGAGGUAACCUUGCCCCCGGUGGUGCGGUUGCCAAGAUUACAGGUAAGGAAGGGCUUCGGUUCACAGGCAAGGCGCGCGUGUUUGACAAGGAGCAUCGACUCAACGAGGCAUUGAACCAGGGUAAGAUUCCUCACGGCGAGAACCUGGUCAUCAUUGUUCGUUACGAGGGUCCUAAGGGUGGGCCGGGAAUGCCGGAACAGCUGAAAGCCAGUGCUGCGCUCAUGGGAGCCAAGCUCACCAAUGUAGCGCUGAUCACAGACGGGCGAUACUCAGGCGCUAGCCACGGAUUCAUUGUGGGUCAUAUUGUCCCUGAAGCUGCUGCAGGAGGCCCGAUUGCUGUUGUCCGUGACGGGGAUGUGAUCACGAUUGAUGCCGAAACGAACACGAUCGCCAUGGACGUUUCGGAUGACGAGAUCCAGCAACGUCUGAGAGAGUGGAAGCCCCCGGCACCCCAUGUCACACGGGGUGUGUUGGCCAAGUAUGCCCGAUUGGUAGGAGAUGCCUCGAACGGGGCCAUGACGGAUCUAUUUUAGGCCUGGGUAAGAGGGCGAUAACAUAAAUUGGUGAAAAAAACCGAAUGUAUAUAAACUAAGCUACGUAGUAAUGUCCAAUGACGCAUCUGCCUUGUCAUACUACUACGGAAGCUGGAUCAAUGAGGGGUCCGAACAAGUUUAACAGGUG